GGGCUCCCAGGCACGUGGUCCCUGCGGCAUUGGGACGCGGGUGCUGGCACCCAGGAGCUGCGGCAACAGCACCCGGGGCGGAGGAGUGCCGCUCAGAGGUGAGAGGUGAGCAGCCUGGAGGGGACAAGACACCGGCAGGACACGAGCGCGGCCUGGGGACGCGGUGGGUCAGACUGGCAGGUGCCGACUCAGCGCUGAUCGGGGAGAAAGCCAUGGGAGAGUGGCUGUCCUGCUGGGACUCCAUUCUGAGCCGGUGUGGAGCGCAGAAGUGGACUGCGUGAGCGCGCCCGUGGGUCGGUGGUUGAACUUUGUCUCCACUGCUGUGUCGAUCUCGGUGAGUGUGGACGGAUACCCUGGUAGAGCCCCCUGCAGGUUGUGGUACUGCCUGCCCUGAAAAAUGCUGGAGGCUGGGCGUGGCCCCAGGCGGGAGACCUGUUUUUCCUGUUUCCCACAGAAUUCCUUGCAGCCCCGUCCAGGCCUGUGUGUUCAUGAGUAAGGAACCUGAGCAUCCUGACCUCAAGAACAGGGGCUGAUCAGAGCGAUGGCAGAAGGCUCGGGGAAUGACACCAUCAAUGACACCUGGGAUAGGGAUGAGCUGGGCUACAAAUGCCGCUUCAACGAAGACUUCAAGUACGUGCUGCUGCCGGUGUCCUACGGCGUGGUGUGCGUGCUGGGGCUUUGUCUGAACGCUGUGGCGCUCUACAUCUUCUUGUGCCGCCUCAAGACCUGGAAUGCCUCCACUACGUACAUGUUCCACCUGGCUGUGUCAGAUGCGCUGUAUGCGGCCUCCCUGCCACUGCUGAUCUAUUACUACGCUCGCGGCGACCACUGGCCCUUCAGCACGGUGCUCUGCAAGCUGGUGCGCUUCCUCUUCUACACCAACCUAUACUGCAGCAUCCUCUUCCUCACCUGCAUCAGUGUGCACCGAUGCAUGGGUGUCCUGCGGCCCCUACGCUCGCUGCACUGGGGCCGGGCCCGCUAUGCCCGCCGGGUGGCAGCUGUGGUGUGGGCGCUGGUGCUAGCCUGCCAGGCCCCCGUGCUCUACUUCGUCACCACCAGCGCCCGCGGAGGCCGCAUCACCUGCCACGACACUUCGGCGCCCGAGCUCUUCAGUAACUUUGUGGCUUACAGCUCUGUCAUGCUGGGCCUGCUCUUCGCGGUGCCCUUUGCCGUCAUCCUGGUCUGUUAUGUGCUCAUGGCGCGGCGGCUGCUGAAGCCAGCCUACGGGACUUCUGGAGGCCUGCCACGGGCCAAGCGAAAGUCGGUGCGCACCAUCGCGAUUGUGCUCGCUGUCUUCACCCUCUGUUUCCUGCCUUUCCAUGUCACCCGCACCCUCUACUACUCCUUCCGCUCACUUGACCUCAGCUGUCACACCCUCAAUGCCAUCAACAUGGCUUACAAGGUCACCAGACCCCUGGCCAGCGCCAACAGUUGCCUUGACCCUGUGCUUUACUUUCUAGCUGGACAGAGGCUUGUGCGCUUUGCCCGAGACGCCAAGCCACCCACUAACCCCAGUCCUGCUACCCGGCCUGAUCGCAGGCUGGGCCUGCGAAGGUCGGGCCUGCGAACGUUAGACAGAACUGACCUCCAGAGGGUGGAAGAUAUAUCAGCCAGCAGUGAGGACUCCAGGCAGACAGAGUUCACGCCAACUGGCAGCGAGAGCACUAAGGACAUCCGGCUGUAGGCUCCAAACCUCUUGGGCCUGUGCAAGUUUAUAUAGAGGAGAGGAGCUGCAGAGGACCAGGACUUGUGCAAAUGGGAUGGUCUCCCCUAGUAGGGCUCAUCAGUGACUCAUCCUAGAUGACCAAGGAGGCCAUGACCCCAUGCUCUGUCAUUUGGCAGGUAUUGAGGAUACUCCCUCCUCCAUGGUCCAAAGGGGCAGCUGUCCCCAUAGUCUCCAAUCAUCAUUUAUAUGUGUGAUUGGGGGAAUAAGGUUUUAAGAAAGGCAAGUGUUCAGGGCCCGUGCUGCCCCGGGCCUGGCUCCCACACAGAUAGUUGGCCAUGCCUGCCAAGGUGCCUAGGCUGGAGUUCAGUCUGUUUAAGACAAAUGGAGAAAUAGGCCCCGAGAAGAACAUAUCUUACAGAUGUUGCAUAGCAAGGUCUGAGCCUGAGCUACCUGGGCUGGGGGUGAAGUCAGGCUGGCCAGAGGACCCUGAUGAGUAGUCAGGGCUGAGUUCCCAUGGUAGUCUGGGGCAUGACUGGGUACCACAGUGGACUCAGCUCUGAGGAGUACCCACUUUCAGAGAUGAACAUCUGGGGACUGAUGUCAUAGACCCCUCUAGAGGCUCCCCUGGGCUGGGAGCCAAUGUGAGACUGUAACUUAUACUAAAGGUUUUGUUGCCUGCAAAA